GUCGAUAACAGCAGUGGUGAGCCGAGUGAGCCCGGCCAGCCCAGCCAGCCCAGCAGCCCAGCCAGCCCAGCAUUGGACUCGGGCUGGGCCUGCAUGCCCUGUUGCCGCGGCAUCACGCGGCCUGUUGGCUUGAUUUCCCCUGCUGCGCGAUUCUGCAUCAUUACGUAUUGUCCUGCCCAAGCCCAACAAACAGCACGGCCCUUGGCCGUGGGUUUGGUUUUCCUGCUGCCCUGCUGCAGAUAAACUCGGCCGAUAAAGAGUCUGGCCAUCACCAGAUCCUGCGCGGCGGUUCUUUUCUUUUCCGCUGCAACAUCAGCCGGGGCAGAUAUUUUCAAAGGAUCCCUCGGCCAUGUCUGUGUAGACUCUGAUCCUGGACUAACAAAACCCUUUCUCCCCGACGACAACAACACUCGUGUGUGCCCCCUCCAACGAGCCGCCUCCAGUCCACCAUCCUCCAUGUCAGGAACCAGCCGCAGCCGCAACCCCUCAACAUGGGAUCAGUAUGAACGUGGAGGGUCGCCAGGCCGUGGCAGCGUCUCCUCCAACGGCGGCAGGAGCGUUGCAUUCGACGACGAGUAUCUGGACCGCAGCUCCAAUGCAGGCCCUGACGAUCGGGACCUGAGCAGCUCGCGGCGCAGAAGAUCUUCCGUCACGAACCGACUCUCGGCCCUUGGCAAUGUUGGUGGGGUCAACAGCAUCCGGUCCUUUGCGCGAAGCUGGCAGCGGGCUGCAGCUUUCCAAGAGGUCAUCCCCCAGCGGUCGUCCUUCGUGCUCGCUCCCGAGCAGGACCCAAUCGGCGCCCAUGACGGCCUACAAUAUGGCACGCCCGACGAGGAGGUCGGCCGUGCUGGCUACCCCCACGGCUCCGCCCCGCGCGUCUCGCUUCUGCGCCAGCACCUCGAGGCCGCCCCGGAAUCAGCUGUGCGAGACGACAGCCCCGAGCCGGGCAUGAGCGAGGCCCGCCCUCUGCUCGAGCCCGGGAGACACCCCAGCAUCGCCUCCUUCCGCGACCGCGAGCGCAAGGCCCUGGGCGACGAGCUGCGGCGGACCAUCUCCAUCAGCAGCGGCACUCCCACAUCGCACUCCAUCUUCGCCGUGCCCCCGCAGCUGGCUACGCCCGACAUCGUGGGCAGCUACAACGAUUUCGUGGGGAGCUAUGGGUCCCACCGCACCUAUGGGACCGUCGCCAGCGACGACAGCUUCAGCAGGGCGUCCAUGGCUCAGGCCGCUGAGAUGUGGCGGCAGCAGCAGGCGAGCGGUAAUGUGCCGGACGGGGAGACUCAGCCGAUCCUGGUAAAAGAGGUCGAGGAUCGUGACGGGAAGAUUGUCUUGACGGUCGAGGGACAGAGCACACUCCCUCAGACCAUUUUCAACUCUACAAACGUCUUGAUCGGAGUCGGUCUUCUGAGCUUGCCAAUGGGCAUCAAAUAUGCUGGCUGGCUGUGUGGGAUGCUCAUACUGUUUGGAGCAGCCGCGGUCACUUCAUACACGGCCAAACUACUUGCCAUGUGCAUGGACCUAGACCCGAGUCUGAUCACCUUCUCAGAUCUCGCCUAUAUAUCCUUUGGGAGAAACGCGCGAAUCGCCACUAGUAUACUGUUCACCUUGGAACUUCUCGCGGCUUGUGUUGCUCUUCUGGUCCUUUUCGCCGACUCAAUGGAGUUGCUCUUCCAGGGUACAUUGUCAGGGACACAAUGGAAGAUGGUCUGUGCCGUUAUUUUGAUACCCCUCAACUUCCUCCCCUUGCGCUUUCUCAGCUUCACUAGCAUCGUUGGCAUUGCGUGCUGUUUCACAAUCGUUGCUCUUGUUAUAAUCGAUGGUCUUAUAAAGCCACAUUCCCCAGGCUCACUUCUUGAACCGGCGACCACAUACCUGUUCCCUGCGAACUGGCUAACUCUGCCCCUCUCGUUUGGGCUCUUGAUGUCCCCUUGGGGAGGCCAUGGAGUGUUCCCUAGCAUCUACCGGGAUAUGAGACAUCCUCACAAGUACGGCCGCGCGUUGAAGGUCACGUUCUCUUUCACUUAUCUGCUCGAUGCUACAGCCGCCGUUGUGGGAAUCCUAAUGUUCGGUGACGACGUGAUGGAUGCUAUCACUUCCAAUAUCCUCACUACGUCUGGGUACCCCCAGGGCAUCUCAUAUAUCCUCUGCGGCGCCAUCGCCAUCAUUCCGUUGACCAAGAUCCCACUCAACGCGAGACCCAUUGUCGCCACUCUUGAAGUGUUGCUUGGUGUACACCAGCAGGCCCUUGCCGAGUCGUCGACCAUAGUUGGCAUGUCCAGCUACUUCAGGGGCAUAGCAAAGGUUGUCAUCCGCAUCGCGACGAUCCUGAUAUUCUUGGCCAUAUCCAUCGCUUUCCCAGCUUUCGACAGCAUCAUGGCAUUCAUGGGCUCUGCACUUUGCUUUACCAUCUGCGUCACCUUGCCCUUAUCCUUCUACUUGAAACUCUUUGGUAGAGACAUCUCACCGCUUAAGAAGGCUUAUAUAUGUAUCAUGCUGGCUAUGUCUAUUAUCCUCUCGAUUAUCGGCACUAUUUUCUCCUUUUUCCCAAAGUCUUUUUUCGACUAACCGCAAUCAUUGCGAUGCCAUGGGUGGGUUGGCACUCUUGAGAGAUCGGUCAGUCAGAAUGGCAGGGAGAAACGGGGGGGCUAGGAUGAGAAGGGGGGAGGGGCAGGCAAUUGGGGAUCGUGAAUGCUAGAGAUCGGAAUCGGAGAUCUGAGCACGAGGAAGUGGACAUCACGAAACGGUAUUUACCAAACCUUUUCCAUGAUUUCAGCCACAUUGCCAGCCGGCCAACGCAAAAUAUACCCGGGGUCACGAGGUACUUCGUCAGUACAUAUCUGAUUCCUGGCCCCGCAACCGCAUCCUUCUACUCUUCGGGUCUCGAAAUUGAACUAAAGCAAGCUGUGAGGCCGCCGUGACCCCCAUGCGAGGAUGCUGCUUUCCCCCCAUCCCCUUUAUUUCGAAUUCCCUGUCUUCUUCUGCUCCAUUUUCGUCCGUAUUCCAUUCCACUGUGUCGUCCUGCACGCAAAGAUCACCGGAUAUUCUCACGGCUUCCUGCUUGUUCUCGUGGUUCACAAAAUGGAUAAAUUCGAUGAAUUAGAUCUUCUCUUGAUCUGGACUUCCUGGGAGAGUUUCAGGAUAGUAAUAAUGACGAAAAUGAAGAUAUGCUGCUGGCGCAGUCGACCAAGGAUCGCAGAGACCAUCUUGGGAAGAUAUGGUACAGGUCUGUCUCGGUCUAUUUACCUACUUCGUCCAUGGGACCCGGUCGAGUACUCGGUAUCGGGACGCAGCAAGCGCUUUCCGGCUUCCGGACUUUUGGAGUCACAUUGUUGAUGAUGAGACCUUAGCAAUCCCCCCCCUUUUUUUUUACUAGAAAAACU